AGGCAGGCGGGCUGGCGGUGUCGCAUUCGCUGACCCAAACCUGGAAUAACUUUCCAAACUACCAAAGCUUUCAAAACUUUGGAGCAAGAACGGGGACGGCGUGUCCGGCUGGGUGCUUGGGGGCUCUUACAGAAUAUGAUGGAGGUGUCCUGUCGAUCACAGAUGGUGGCUCCCUAGGUGUGGUGUGGCAACCAGAGGGUGAUAAUGGCAGCCGAGGCUUAUAGUCACUCUGAAGGGAGCCUUCUGCCUUCAUCAGUAGGCUUAGACCGUGCUCACCUGAAUGACUCUGAUAAGCUAAAUCGAUCCUACCCCUGGGCCAGCAAAAUCAGGAAAAGCCAGCUCUCUCAACUCUGCCGGCUUAGAGCAUCUCUCUCUGGAGAGAAAUGGAGCUCUUACUGUUUGUCUUCACUGGCAGCUCAUAACAUUUGUACCAGCAAACUUGGUAACUCAGGAGCUCAGAGGGCUUCUUCUCUCUCCACUUCCAUUGGAAGCUCUUCUUCUUGCUCUUGUUUGCUCACCCUCACUGAGGAGUCCAGCCAGUAUCUCCCAACUGCUGCACGCAACCCAAACAAAGCCAUCUUCACUGUGGAUGCCAACACAACAGAGAUCCUGGUGGCUAAUGACAAAGCCUGCAAGCUCCUUGGGUGCAGCAGUCAGGAACUCAUUGGUCAAAAGCUGUCCCACUUUAUAUCCAAAUCCAGUCAAGAGGCAUGGGAAGCUGUCGGUGAGGACUACAUAGAAACUGAUGAAUGUUCAUCUGUAGUUUCAGGAACUGUGGUGGAUGUCAUAGGCCAUCUCAAAGAGAAGAUCCCUGUCUCAGUCUGGCUGAGGCAAAUAAGAAGCAAGGACAAGCAGUGUUGUGUGUUUGUGCUGGAACCAGUGGAAAGACUCUCAGCUUCUGUUUCCUUCACAGUUGAUGGAGAGAUUACAUCAUGUGACCUCCAUUUUGCCCAUCUCCAUGGCUACCCAACAUUGGAAGAAGUAGUUGGGCUCCAUAUAAAGAACCUGAUUCCUUCUGUGCAGAUCCCUCCUCUAGACAAAAAAGUCCCAAAGAACCUCAGGAUCCAGCGAGCUGUAGGCAUAUCCAGAGAGGGUAACAUGUUUCCUCUCAGUUUAAAGCUGCAAGUAAGCCUUCUGGAGGAGGACGAAGUGACAGUGCAGAAAAAUGGUGUUCUGGAGGCAGAAAAAGGCAGCUCUUUCACAGGCUAUCAUUACUCUGCUACAGUUGUGGUUUUCUUCACCAUCAGUGGUCUUAUUACUGUUAAGUCAGAUGGAACCAUCUGUGGCAUCAAGGACAGUUUUGCUUUAAUGCUCUUUGGCUAUGAGAAGAAAGAACUGUUGGGAAAGAACAUUACAUUUCUGAUCCCUGGUUUCUAUAACAACAUGGAGAGAAGCAGUGACUGUUCUUUGCCAUUACCUCCUCCUGACGGCUCCAUGGGGACAGAGGACAGCAGCUUCUUGGCUGCAUCUGUAUUGAGCCUUCUGUCAAGGAAUGAAGAGCAGAAAUUGGAAAGAAGACACAAAGACGAAAAAUUAAUGCAUGAUAAGACUAAACAAAAGAAUGUGACCAGUUUCUUUUCUACUCCCUCACCUCCUGAAGUGGCACCCAUUCCUUCUAAUAGGCUAGAAGACAAUCUAGAUACUGAAUCCUAUGCCCCAAUUAAGCUGCCUUCAGAUGCCACUUGUAACUCACCUGGAACACCAACAAAAGAUGAGCGAUGGUCUGGGACACCACCAGACUGCAGACAAGAAUUUCAAAACCAUAUGACUACAGGGCAGUUGUUAAACUCAGACUUCAUGUUUGAUGGAAAACAUUCCAGCCUUGAGCACGUUGUGGUUGAACACUGUCUGCUAAAUAAUGCUUCAUCCUUCUUUGCAAAUGGAAGAAAUACUAUCCAUGAUGUCUGUUCAGGAAAUAAAAUGGGUUGCAGUGCUUCUGCAGCAGUUGCCACAACCUCUGAAGAUGUUAAAGAAUCAGACACUGAGCUGAACUGCAUUUGCUCUGGUCUUGAGGUACUGGGUCUGAAUAUUGAUGUCAAGAGGCACUCAGACAACUGUUUAGGUAUUACUGCAACUCAUGUAGGAGCAUCCUCUGACGCAGUGGACUUGGGUGUAGGCAAUAUACUAACUCAGAGUACCAGUGCCUUUUCGACUGGGCAAGAAAAGCAGCUGUUGAAUGGUGUUGCUACAGAAAAUGGUUCUGGGUGGCUGGCCUCCCAAAGGCCUUUAGAAGAGACUGAAGAAUCCUCCAAAGCAUUUAUUAAGAAGCCUGAAACUCUUGCAGAGACCAUGGGGGACAACAUCGACAGAAACCCACUGAAGAGCACAUGUAGUCCUGAAAAAUACUGUCAGCUGCACAAGCAACAAAAUAUGGACAUAAAAAUAACAUCAACCCCAGUGAAACAGGAAGGAAGGCUGAACCCAGCAGCUCCUUUGACCUUGAAGAUUCUGGAAGGAAGCUACACUGGCAGUUGCUGCCACAGAGAUGGGUCACAAUUAAGUAUACUCUUUGAAGUGAAACGUGUAGAACUGCAGGACCCUGCCAUGCUUUUCUGUGUCUGGGUGGUGAAAGACCUCCUGCAGAGCCAGAAGGAAGCUGGAGCAAAGAGUCAGCUUUUGCUCUCCAGUCUAGCGAGCUCUGUCCAGUCUAUUGCUGAUCUUUCUACAAAUAGUCUUGGAGAAACCAUCAGAUCAACUUCACUUUUCGAGAAUUCCCGAGGAGCUGAAGAGCUUCAGGGUCUAAGGGCAUGUGAAGGAGAUUAUGCAGAAAACUAUAACACUCUCAGUCUUAUUGGCAAAGGAUCUUUUGGCUUUGUCUGGACUGCCAGGGGCAAGAAAGAUCAUCAGGAGGUUGUCGUAAAGUUCAUCUGGAAGGAGAGGGUGCUUGAGGACUGCUGGGUAGAUGAUCCCGAUCUGGGGAGAGUGACUCAAGAAAUUGCAAUCCUGUUGAAGCUGCAGCACCCCAAUAUCAUUAAGGUGCUGGAUGUGUUUGAAAAUGAGCACUUCUUCCAGCUGGUGAUGGAGAAGCAUGGAUCUGGUCUGGAUCUCUUUACAUUCAUUGAUAAUCAGCACAACUUGGAUGAGCCACUAGCCAGCUAUAUAUUCAGACAGAUUGUAUCAGCUGUUGGGUAUCUUCACUAUAGAAACAUCCUUCACAGAGAUAUCAAGGAUGAAAACAUUGUCAUUGCUGAAGAUUUCACAAUUAAAUUAGUGGACUUUGGUUCAGCUGCCUACCUGGAACCCAGCAAAUUGUUUUAUACCUUCUGUGGGACAAUUGAAUACUGCUCACCAGAAGUGCUGUCUGGCAAACCGUACCGUGGCCCUGAGCUGGAGAUGUGGUCACUUGGUGUCACCCUUUAUACGCUAGUAUUUGGAGAGAAUCCCUUCUGUGAGCUGGAGGAGGCCAUGGCAGCUGUCCUGAAUCCUCCUCGGCCUGUCUCAAAAGGUCUCAUGAAUCUCAUGGUUGGCCUUUUGCAUCCUGUUCCAGAGCAGCGCAUGACUCUGGUGAUGUUAGUAGAGGAUCAAUGGCUGAAGCAGCCUGUGAACCUGGGUGAUUAUGCCUGGGAGGAGGUAUAUCUCUCUGCUGAGACAGAAAGCAGCAGAUUCAGAAAUGGUUCGGGUGAGUGGGUGCAUGGAGACAAGCUCCCAGCUCCUCACAUGGAGAGUGAGCCAGUCUUGAAUGCUCCUGACUGAUCAUGCAUAUUCCCACUGGGGAGAAGCAGCGGCUGUGGAGUGCCAGGGCUUGGGCCUGGAACUUGGCUGCCAUUCUUCUCCACAGCACAAAUCCCUCCCUGUAGAACAAUAACUUCCUUAUUCAAGAAUCAACAGAAAUGAACUGUAAGCCUUAGAUUGCUGCUGUGUCUCUCAUGUAGAAAGAUCUGGUGGUCAGUACUGAGCAGCCUUAAGCUGCUCUGCCUGGGCUCAAUUCCUCUAGAAAGCCUUCUAGCCAUAAGCAUUUAUUACUGUUCUUACACAGGAUGUGAUUUAAAGUUGUGAGACAGAGA